AUGCGAACUUUAGAGGAAGUACACGCUACAAUUCAAAUCGCUAAACUGAAAGAGGAGGACUUACAACCUACCGUUCACUGCUUGUCUUUCGGCGAAAAUGUCGAUUCCGGGGACUAUUGUCUUAUGGAACUGGACGAAAGCCUUUGCAAACACAUCGAAUGUGGUAAAAGUCUUGUAAUCAGGGGAGACAAGGAUGAACACGCAGCUCUGUGCAGUGAAGACAAGACGUACGACCUUAAGAUAGCUGACACAUCUAACUUACUCCUCCUCGUUCCCGGCUGCAAGACCCCAGAUCAGCUCUCCGGAGAUCAGGGCAGCCCUAAGCUCGUCCAUACCCAGAUUUGGGGUUUCUCCAAUAGCUACUGGGAGCUGAGGCGACAGCGGCCUAAGCUAAAGAAAGUGAAGAAGCUGCUGAUGGAGAGUCCUUAUGAGGGGCCGUCAUUCGGCCAGGCGGAGGAGGACUCGGGGCAGAAGUAUACAAUGGAGGACUUGCUUGAUAGAAUUCAAGCAAGUGAGGCAGAAAUAGUGGCCCAGCUUCAGAACAUCCAUGCCUGUAAAAUUGAUGGUUACUGGAGGGUCCUGGAUUUUGAUUAUGAGAUGAAGCUUCUGGGUCAUGUGACACAGCUGGUGGACUCAGAGUCCUGGUCCUUCAGCAAGGUGCCCCUGAGCACCAGCCUGGAAGAACUGGGGCCUCUUGAGCCCAAAGAGAUGAUUGAGCACUGCUUGAACUGCUAUGGGAGACGUUACACUGACAAAGACGGCGAGGUGUGCUUCGCGCUAAAUGAGGACAAGGUGUGCCAGGUCACCGCGUGCAUGCUGCUGCAGAACGCCGUCAAGUUUAACCUGUCGGAGUUCCAGGAGGUGUGGCAGCAGAGCGUCCCUGAGGGAAUGAGCACCAGGCUGGACCAGCUCAGGGGUGUGGCAUUGGUGGACCGCAGCUCCAGACCAGAGACCAUAUCCCUGCUGAGAGUGGAGGACCUUCCUGAGGACACACUAGAGCGCUUCAACUGUUUGUUUAGCAUGAGGGAGAAGUGGACUGAGGACGACAUUGCCCCCUACAUACAGGACCUGUGUGGUGAAAAGCAAACGACUGGAGCUCUUCUAACUAAAUAUGCUCGUUCAUCCAUGCAACACGGGGUGAAAGUCUACAAUUCAAGAAGACCUGUGGCAACCUGAUCAACU